AUGAAGGAAAAUGACACACCCAGAGUUGGUAUUUCUGUAAGAGAUUUGGCAGUGGUAACCAAGAAAAGUAGAAGAGCAUUCUUCAGCUCUUCAAGCAAAAGAAAUGACGUUCCUACUUCCAAAGUGCUGUUGGAAGCAACCUCUUUUGACAUUGAGCCUGGAACCAUCACUGCCAUCAUGGGGGGUUCAGGGUCAGGCAAAACUACAAUGUUGAACUGUCUAGCCAACGGGAAUGAAAAUUCUGGGAACAUAAACAUUCAAGGUACAAUAGCAUACAACGGCAAGACAAAUAUCAACACCAUCAGCCAUGCAUAUGUCAUUCAGCAAGAUAUACUUCUCCCCAAUUUGACAUGUUAUGAGACUCUGAUGUAUUCUGCAGAACUGAGAUUGAAAGAGCCUAAAGAGAAGCUGGUUGAAAUUGUUGAUCAGGUGAUUUUGGAGCUAGGCUUGAAAGAUUGUAGAAAUACUCUGGUAGGAAAUGAUACUCAUAAGGGUCUUUCUGGGGGAGAGAAACGUCGUCUAUCAAUUGGAAUCCAAAUGUUGUGCAACCCUUCCGUUUUAUUUUUGGAUGAACCAACAACAGGGUUGGAUGCUUAUAGUGCCCUUCUUCUGAUUCAAACACUGAAAAACCUUGCAAACCAGGGGAAAACGUUUGUGUUGAGUAUCCAUCAGCCUCGGUCAGAUAUUUUUUUCCUUUUCGACAACCUAAUUUUGCUUUCUAGAGGUAAAACUUGUUAUAGUGGGCCUCUUGAUAAGGUUAUCCCCUAUUUUGAACAAAUUGGCUAUCACGUACCCAAGCAGGUAAAUCCGGCUGAUUAUUUCAUUGAAAUUGUCAGUAUUAAUAUGAAAGAUCAAGAGACUGAAAACAAAUGCUGGGAGUCCCUGUCAAAAAUUUCGGACCAUUGGAAAGAUUCUCAUGACUUUGAACCAAUUUCUGUUGAUCCAACGUUUGUAUCCAAGGUCAAGUCUCCCGUCUCAUUUUCUAAGAAGAUUAAGAUAUUAACCAGAAGAGAUAUGCUUCUGUCGUUUCGAAGUCCAUUAAUUCUUCUUUCACUAUUAAUUGAGACAAUAGCUGUCAGCCUUAUCUGUGGAUGGGUGUUUUUCAUUCCUGGAAGUUCACUCAGAGGUAUUAGGACAAUGACUGGUGCUUUGUAUACCACUAAUGGUCUGCAACCAUAUUUAUUUCUGCUUUUUGAAGUUUACAGAUUGUCAUCAGUAGAUAUUAAAAUAUACGAUAGAGAACGUUCAGAAGGAGUCGUAUCUGCGCCUUCCUUUUUGAUAUCCAGACGAAUCUCCAAAUUCUUUACCGAAGAUGUUUGGAUUCCCAUAUUAGAGUCAAUUAUUGGGUAUUUUAUGUUUGGACUCAGAACGGAUAGCCCGAGGCACUUUUUUAUUUACUUUGCUGCUGUAUAUAUUGCACAUUUAGUGUCGAUGUGUUUUGCUAUGGCAUGUGUUUCCAUCUCACGGGAGUAUGCUUUGGCGUCAUUGAUGGCCAAUCUCAACUUUACAUUACAAUCAAUGGCAUGCGGUUACCUUGCAAACUCGAGGGUAAUACCAGUUUAUGUGAGAUGGACGAAAUACAUAGCAUACUUGUGGUAUGGCUACGGUGCUGUAAUUUCAAACCAGUUCACUGGAUUCAGGGGUGAAUGUUUUCAGGAUACAUCACAACCGAAUAUCGAUGAAGUAUGCGCCGCCUACUACGGCAAUAAUAUUAUUAGAAACCUUGGAUUUUGGCCCAAUUUUAUAGCCCUCCCAUUGUGUGUUGAAGUGGCAAUGGCAUUUGGGUUUUAUCUAUUUGCAGGGUUGAUGCUUACCUACAAAACAAAAAGUAGGUCUGCCCUUAGCCAAGAGGUUAGUUCUUCUUCCAAACGAAAAUCCUUGAAGAGUUCUACUCAAGAUGCAACCAAAGAAGCAGAAGUCUUGGUUCGUGAUGGAUUAACAAUCACACUUAAGGAUGCAUCUUUGAAGGUGAGAGUAAGAAAAGUACUUGAACGUACGUCUACUGAGAAAGAGAUUCUCCAUGGUGUCAACGCUGAGUUUAAGCCAGGACAACUGAAUACUAUCAUGGGCCCCUCAGGAUCAGGAAAGUCAUCGUUACUGAACUUGAUUAGUGGGAGGUUGCAUUCAAACGUCACAACUUCGUACACUUCAAUUGGUGAUAUCUUUUUGGAUAGCCAAUUAGCAAGUUUUCAGGAUAUGGAUGAGAUCUGCUCGUACGUUUCGCAAGAUGGUGACCAUUUGAUCCCAUCAUUAUCCGUCAGAGAAACACUUCUUUUUGCUGCAAGAUUACGAUUGAACCUAGAAAGGCAUCAAGUUGAGAAACGAGUGGAUGAGAUAAUUUUGAAAAUGGGGCUCAGAGAUGUAGCCACUGUGUUAGUCGGAUCGGAGUUCGUCAAGGGAAUAUCCGGAGGAGAAAGAAAAAGACUUUCCAUAGCUAUACAGUUGAUUAACGAUCCCCCGAUCUUGUUGCUAGACGAACCGACUUCUGGUUUAGAUGCGUUCACAGCAGGGUCAAUAUUGAAAGUAUUGCAGACACUUUGCGACGAAAAUAAAACCGUUGUAUUGACUAUACAUCAACCAAGGUUGGAUCUAUUCCAUAGUUUGGGUUCUAUCCUUUUGCUGGCAAAGGGAGGACAUGUCGCUUUCAAAGGAACACCGAAUGAGAUGCUAGAGCACUUCGAGAGCAUGGGAUAUCCAUGCCCGGCCUUUGUCAAUGCUGCCGAUCAUGUUCUAGACGUGAUUUCUGUCAAUGUUCAAAACGAAAUCAACGAGACAAUUUCAAGAAAACGAGUUAACCUGUUCUUGGACGAGUGGAAAUCCCGUGAUAAUCAGGAAACCAAGCUUCUGGCUGUCAAUACUUUUUCCAUGGAGGAUGUCGCCAUUAAGAAGAGGUCUAGCUUCAUGAAGGGAUACACGAUCUUACUUCAGCGGCAAGCCCUUUGCAUUAGGAGGGAUACUAACAUUCUGUUCGGAAGAAUAGCUCAAAUAGCAGGACUUGGUAUCAUCUUGGCUCUAUUCUAUUCUCCGUUGAAGCACGAUUAUACCUCUAUUCAACAGAGACUGGGAGCAUUGCAACAGAUGACAGCUCUUUACUUCAUCGGCAUGUUGAACAAUAUCAUGAUUUUUCCCCUGGAAAGAACCUCCUUCUACACUGAAUACAAAGAUAAGGUUGUUUCCGCAGAAUCAUUCUUCAUGGCCUAUCUUACAUUGGAAUUACCCUUCGAGCUCGUAUCGGGUGCGUUCUUCUCUGUUUUCAUGGUAAUGGUCAUCGGAUUCCCUAGGACGCCGGGGUUAUUUUUUGCCAUGUACUAUGCUAGUAUCUGUAUUGUGAACUGUGGUGAAUCACUGGGCGUGAUCUUCAAUGUGAUAUUUGAUGAAGUGGGAUUUGCCGUGAACAUUAUUUCGAUUUUCCUGUCAAUUGCCACAUUUAUGACAGGUGUGAUGUCAUUGAACAUGGGCGCAUUUCUCAGAGGUAUCAACUGGCUAUCACCACUCUACUAUGCCGUGAUGGGAGUGCUCAACUUGGCCUUUCCCCCCAGCUUGAGGCUCACCUGCGAGGACGACUUCAGAAACCCCGAUGGAUCCUGCAUCUUCUCUAACGGGACAGAUGUGCUGGAAAUCUACCAAUUGAAAAAGAACUGGCAACUUCUGUUGGGUCUAUUGAUUGUAGUGGUAUUCGUCUACCGGGGCAUUGGGUACGUUAUGCUAAAGCUGAAGGUAAGAGGCUUCUAA